AUGUUGCCACCUGGAGGUGCUUUGGAAGUGCAACACCGUCGGAAGUCACAGCGACCCCAUGUCCAUCCCCACGAGGAGUCUUUGAUUGCUAGCAUGUGGAAAGUGUACAAGCAUGACGUCACCUACCAGGAAGGUUCCUUUGAAUGUAAGACCUGUGGAACUAUUGCCAGCACCAUGGAUGCCAUCACCUCUCAGCCCUGCACCAGACGUGGGGUAUCUGGUGAGGUUCCUGGCAAAUCCGGCGAUUGCAUGUGUCGGUUGAUUGAGUUUUCCUUCGAUUGGCCCACCAAAGUUCAGGAGAUGAUUGGGGAACAGGUUGAUGAAACUUGGGAAGUCCACCCGAAAAAUGGUAGAACCUUCAGGAUUACCAGCUAUAAGGGUGAGCUCUACUACGAUGGUGAGGUUCCCAAAAAGAAUCAAUUCCCUUUGAUGCUCUCAACAGUCCCCAAAGAAAAAAUCGUUGAAGAAGCUGAAGAAGAGCUUGAACGACUUAAGCUUGAAGAAGAUCUGCUUAGUGAGAUGCUUCAACUUGCAGAACUUGAGUCCCAAGUCAACUCCACAGUUCCAGCUUCCAGUGAUGCAGCACCUUCAAGCAAGGGAGACAUCGACAACCUUGAGACGUUACCCUUCAGUGGCGACAUGGAUGCAAGCGUGGCAUUUGCUGAAUCCCAGGAGCCAAGCGCAGAGAGUCCCAAAAGAUUUGCAGAUAUGCAUUGUACUGGAACCACUCUGGAGUUGCUUCCCACCGAAGUGCCUGCUCACCCUCCAGCCCCCGAAGAACCGAAGUUGCCUGAGCCAGGGGUGAGCAACCCUGCCGUGGUUCGUGAAGUGAUGGGUUGGGGUUUGAACAAAGAGGAAGCCAUAGCAAAGGCCAUUGAGAUCCAAAACAGAAAGCAACAGGAGGAAGAAAUCAAGGAGUGUGAUGUCAAAGUUUCAGAAUCAAAGGUGAAGGAGGAGGUGGGUGAGAGUGAGGAGUGUGAGAGUGAGGAGUGUGAGAGUGAGGAGUGUGAGAGUGAGGAGUGUGAGAGCAAAAGGUUGAAUGAGGAAGCCGAACCUGCAAAGGAGUCAGCCCUUGACAAUCGGCCAGCAGUACUGGACUGUUUGCCACAUCUCUCUCCCAAAGAACAGGUAGAAAAUAUGCGGGCGGCUGGUGGCAGAGGCCGUGGCCGAGGGAAGGGAAAAGGUAAAGGUCGAGGAGCUAAGGCCAAGAGAAAACAUUCCAGCGAUGACAGUGGCGAGGAAUCGUCAUCUGAGGAUGAAGAGGUUGAAGAAGCAAAAAUGGCUAAGAGUUCAAAGAAAACUGAGAAGGCCGUGGCAAAGAGAAGGGCUCGGUCCAAGAAGGCGGAGAAGACAGAAGAGAAGGCAGCUGAAGGUGAGGCUUAUGAUGGAAAGCCAAAGAAGACCAAAGGGAAGGGAUUCGGUGACAAGAAGCCUAAGGCUGAAGAUGGAAAGAAGAAGAGAGGGAAGAAGGCAGAAGGUGAGGAGAUUCCUCAGACUGAGGAUGGAAAGAAGAAGAAGAGAGGGAAGAAGGCAGAAGGUGAGGAGAUUCCUCAGACUGAGGAUGGAAAGAAGAAGACAAGAGGGAAGACGACAAAAGGUGAGAAGAAUCCUGAGACUGAGGAGGGAAAGCAUGAGGAAAAGACAGACGAGAAGAAGGCAAAAAGAAAGACCAGAAGCAAAAAGGCGGCAGUUAACAAAGAUGAGGAAGAUCAUGAAGAGAAGACGGCAGAUGAGAAGAAGAAUGGAAGUGUGACUGACCGCAAAAAGAAGAGAGUGGCUGAGACUGGAAGUACCAGACUGAAGAAGUCAAAGGGUCAGGAAACCAAGGACCCAGAGAAUGCAAAGAAUGAGAAGGCUGAGAAGAAGACCAGAAAGCGAAAGAAAGAUGAUGCAGAGAAUGAUGAUGAUGCAGAAAAUGAGACAGAGCAACAGAAGCUGGAGAAAGAGCGGAAAGCUGAGAGAAGCCGAAAGAGUUCGGCCUACUGUGCAGCAAGGAAGAAGGCUUUGGAAGAUGGCCUGAAUGAAGCAGAAGCAAAGGAGAAGGGCAGAGAGGUUCUGGUGGGGAUCGUGCUUCUCCUCAUGUGGUCGGAGAACAUCGACAUUCAGCCUAGUAUAGUACUUUUGGGCUACUUGAUUCUGGCGAAGCAUGGCUACUUUGUACUUGAACAACCAGCUGGGUCUUUGCUGAAGAAGCACCGCCGCUAUGUCAACAAAGAUGGUGUCUUGAAGUUUACGGGGACAUCGGGAUUGAAGCUAUCUGCGUCUAGGUGCUAUCCUGAAGGAUUUGCCAAACGCUUGUUGCAAUGCUGGGAAGGCCGUGCUCCUGCACUGGCUUCAUCUACGGGGAAGUUUGUAGCUGGGAAUCGUCCCAGGCGGUUGGCUUCAGUGGAGACACUCCCACACUCAUCCAUGCGAUCUUUUGAGUCUUCUUCAGUUGAUGAGAUGCAGGUGGAAUCUAGGUGGAGGGUUGAGGAUCAUGAGGAAAGGAAGGCUCGAAAAUCUCUCCCGGUGGAGAUCCCUGAUACUCUGCCAGCCCCUGAUACUCUGCCAGCCAGCUCUGAGGGCAAGGCUCCUGCCACAGGCCAAGAUGUCUUGGAACUUAAGGUGCCUGCCGAAGUUCCAGAAAGCACGGGUGAGCAUCCCGAGACCAUGGGUGUUCCAAUGGGAGCCAAUGAUGAUGGGUCUAUGGUUGAGAAUCCUGAUUUGACUGGUAACGAUGAAGAUGGGAUUUCCCUGGGUUACUCGCCGGGUUCAACACAUCGGACUUCAGAGCAUUCAAAGACCAGUGGAAGCAAAACUGUUGCCAAGAAGUUUGACAAGUACUACCACAAGAAGCUAGGUGAGAAGCUCAAAGGCCUCCUGCAGAAGCACGGGAACUUCAAAGAGGUCGAGGACCCAGAUGGCAGCCUGAUGGAUUCCCAUCUCGUUCCUGAUGAUGAUUUCCCACUGGCCGGUCCUGCCUCUGGUGAAUCGGAGCAGGCAGUCAAGGAGGCUGCUGCAGUUGCUGCCUCCACUGGCAGCAGCAAGGGGAUGGCCCAACAGAUUAGCCGCCUUGUGAAGCAGCUCGAGGACAAGUACAAGGAGCUGAGCAACAAGGAGGCUGAUUACCUGGCAGCAAGUGAUACGAGGCAGAACAUCAGGCCAUCGCCUGCUGCCAGUGUGAAGAGCAACAGUGACAAGGACAAGGACAAGAAGGAGAAGAAGUCAGCAAAGGAGGGGAACAGCGAUACUUCGUGUGGAGACCUUGCUGAAGCUCUACUUCGCGAUGCAGAACAAGGGGUUGGUGAGGACAAAGCUGAGAUGAAUUUCUAUGUGGCGGCUAUUGGCUGCAAAGGGUUUGAAACUCCAGACUGCAUACGGCCUGACCUCAUGCAUUGCUUCAAUAUUGGUAUUGGUGGUGAUCUUGCAGCCAGUGGUUUGAUGGCCUCAUGUCGAAUGUCAAUCUUUGGAGAAGGUUCGUUGGACAAACGUCUUGAUGAAGCCCAUGAUAGGUUUGACACAUGGUGCUCCCAGAACAAGAAGACGGCUUCAAUCAAAUCAUUUGAAAAAAAGAAAUUCAAAGUGAUAACGUUUCUUGACUGUCUUAAGCAUGAUUUUAUUUGGGGGAUGCUCCAGUUCUUAAAUAUAAUAAGCUUGCCAUCCUUUUCACCUCCAUGGCCCACUCCCUGCCUCUCUCAGGAGCUACGACUUUCCGCAAGGAACUGGCAGAGCACACGACACGGCCUUGGUUUGCAAAUGGCUGGCAUCAGAGCUUAA